AUGACUGCAAUACUCAACCAUGACGUGGAAAAGAGGGCUGGCGCGUUAGACCCGCCUCUCUUUGAUGAGACCGGUGCCGUACCUGCAACAAGCUUCGAAUAUGGCAACUCGAUGUACGCAAAGUUGCAAAGACUCGGCGGAAAGAUUAAAGUGGAACAACGAGGAAUUGAGCGAGUCCCCGAGGAGGAGAGGACCGACAAUUCGUACUGGAAUAUUGGCUCAAUGUGGCUCGCUGCGAACAUGGUAGUCCCCUCAUUUACCAUUGGGGUUCUUGGUAGACCGUUGUUUGCAAUGGGAUUUGCGGAUGGGGCUCUGGUCAUCAUUUUCUUCAACUUCAUUGCCGUGUUGACGGUUUGCUUCUUCUCCACGUUCGGCGCGACGUUUGGAUUGCGACAAAUGGUGCUUUCGCGCUUUUGGUUUGGCUGGUGGGGCGUCAAGCUGAUUGCUCUAUUCAACGUACUGGCAUGUAUCGGAUGGGCCGCUGCCAACAUUAUUGUUGGUGCUCAAUUGAUCAACGCAGUCAACCCGAACGUCCCUGGCUAUGCCGGAAUUCUGAUAAUUGCAUUCUGCACCUUACUCGUGGUAUUCUUCGGAUAUCAAGUAGUGCAUGCUUAUGAAUACUGGAGCUGGAUCCCAACAUUCAUCGUCUUUCUAGUUGUCAUCGGCGUGUUGGCCCACUCGGGCGAUUUUGUCAACAUUCCCAUGGGGACCGGACGUGCAGAACUCGGCGCGGUGCUCUCUUACGGGUCCACAGUCUUCGGUUUCGGCACUGGCUAUACCAGUUUUGCAGCCGACUACACUGUCUAUCAACCGAGCGACCGCCCACGUCGCAAGGUAUUCCUCGCAACCUGGCUAGGCAUCUUUCCAACCCUCCUUUUCACAGAGCUACUGGGUGCUGCCCUCGCGACAGCCAUGGCAAUUGAUGGAGGUGACAAUGCAUACCAACAAGGAUACAACGAAUCAGGAGUCGGUGGCCUUCUAGGCGCCCUUCUUUUCCCUCGUCUGGGGGGAUUUGGAAAGUUCUGCGUCAUCAUCCUCGCUUUGUCUAUCGUUGCGAAUAAUUGUCCGAACAUCUACUCCGUCUCCUUGACGCUCAUGGUCAUGGGCCGUUGGACACGCCAUGCCCCUCGCUUCGUAUGGACCAUUGUGGCCACGGCAAUAUAUGUCGCGAUUGCAAUUCCGGGAUAUAGCCAUUUCGAAGCUGUUUUGGAGAAUUUUAUGAACUUCAUUGGGUACUGGCUGGCGAUUUAUGAGGGUAUUGCGUUGACUGAGCAUUUCGUUUUCCGACGUGGUGUUUCGGGGUAUCGUCCUGAAGACUAUGAUACCCGUGAAAACCUCCCGCCCGGGAUCGCAGCACUCCUGGCAUUCUGUUGUGGGGUUGUAGGAAUGGUAGCUGGAAUGAAUCAAUCAUGGUAUAUUGGCCCAGUUUCUAGAAGAGCGGGGAUUCCAUCAGUUGGAGGUGAUGUCGGGUUUGAAUUGGGAUUUGCAUUUGCUGCCGUUUCAUAUGCUUUCUUGAGGACCAUUGAGAAGAGGUUUUUUAAGAGGUAA